AUGGAGCCAGAAAAGGUAGGCUUUGGGGAAAUGGAGAGAAUGAAAAAGGGACGAUGGUGCAGAGUUUCUUGUAAGAAUAAAAACAGGAUGCUUGUAUUUAGGAUUGAAGAAAAAGAAGCAGAGCCUUUUGCUUUCUCCAAUUUUAUUGCUUUCUCUAUUCUUCAAUCCGGGAUAGACCCAGAUUGUUUUUUCCUUUUUUUUUUUUUUUUUUUUUUUUGCAACAGAACAAAGUUCAACAGGAUAUGUGUAUUCUGUGGAAGCAACUCUGGCUACAGAAAAGUCUUUAGUGAUGCUGCUAUUGAAUUGGGCGAUGAACUGGUGAAAAGGAAGAUUGAAUUGGUGUAUGGUGGAGGUAGUGUUGGGCUGAUGGGUCUGAUAUCUCAGAAAGUGUACGAUGGAGGCUGCCAUGUCCUUGGGAUCAUUCCAAGAGCACUCAUGCCUCUUGAGAUAUCUGGUCAAACUAUUGGAGAAGUAAGAACAGUUUCAGACAUGCAUGAGCGCAAAGCUGCUAUGGCCAGAGAAGCCGAAGCCUUUAUUGCUCUUCCUGGAGGAUAUGGAACCAUGGAAGAACUAUUGGAGAUGAUCACAUGGGCACAACUUGGAAUUCACAAAAAACCGGUUGGCUUGCUAAAUGUUGAUGGCUACUAUAAUUGUUUGCUCGCGUUAUUUGACAAUGGUGUUCAAGAAGGUUUCAUCAAGCCUGGUGCUCGUCACAUAUUUGUCGCUGCUCCUACAGCCAAAGAACUUUUGGAAAAGAUGGAGCUAUACUCACCAUCCCAUCAGCAAGUUGCUCCUCAUGAAAGCUGGAAUAUGGAGCAGCUAGGUCAUUAUCCCACACAACAGAAUUCACAGUGAAACUAUUGAUGGUAGGUCUUUCCCCUUAAAUGAUUCGGAUGUAAUUAAUCAUCAUUGGAGCUGUGUACAAGAAUCUUCUUUAAUGGGGCUACAUAUUGUUCAUGACUAUUUGCUUUCUGUCUUUUUAAUGACUUGAAUCCUAUUGGAGAUCAUCCUUGCUGUUUCUCAACAUUCUUUGGUUUAUGGUCAAACGAGCUACUGUUAUGCGGUCA